CUUGCGCCAGUUAAAGUCCUGAAAGCGCGGCUCUCGCGAGAACUGCCGUCUCCGCCCAUCUUGCAGCGACGCCCUUGGUGCCAUAUUGCUUGUGGGCAGGCACCUAAGGCUGAAGGCUGGAGAAGGAGGCACCGCGAUUCUGCGGUCUUCGGUCUCAGACUUCGUCAUCCUGGUCUGCAUGACUUUCGGAGAUUCUGAGUUUUGGUCCCCAGUUCCUGCGUUUGGAGGAGAGCAGACUGUGGCUCCGCCGGGCCCGUGCCGGGUAGUCUGUCACCCGGCGUCCAUGACCAAGACCUGCGAGUGAUCGGCCUGCCUUGAGGUCCACCAGAGGGAACGAACGUCGGAGACCUGUGUAUCCGCAAAGCAAGUGUUGUGAAGAUCGCUCUAGGAAAAAGGAAGGAUGCCACUCUUCUUCCGGAAGCGGAAACCCAGUGAGGAGGCUCGGAAGCGGCUGGAGUACCAGAUGUGUCUGGCAAAAGAAGCUGGGGCAGAUGACAUUCUUGACAUCUCUAAAUGUGAGCUCUCAGAGAUUCCAUUUGGGGCUUUUGCAACAUGCAAAGUUCUGCAGAAGAAGGUGUUGAUUGUCCACACGAAUCACCUCACUUCCCUGCUUCCUAAAUCCUGCAGCCUCCUGAGUCUCGCCACCGUCAAGGUUCUGGAUCUUCAUGAUAAUCAGCUGACAGCCCUUCCUGAUGAUAUAGGGCAGCUGACAGCCCUCCAGGUCUUGAAUGUGGAAAGGAACCAACUGACGUAUCUCCCACGUUCCAUUGGGAACCUGAUCCAGCUCCAGACCCUCAACGUGAAAGACAACAGGCUGAAGGAGCUUCCAGACACCUUGGGGGAGCUUCGGAGCCUGCGUACCCUCGACAUCAGUGAAAGCGAGAUUCAGAGGUUGCCGCAGAUGCUGGCGCACGUUCGAACCCUGGAGACUCUGAGCCUGGACGCGUCAUCCAUGGUCUACCCCCCACAGGAGGUGUGCGGCGCCGGCACUGAGGCCAUUCAGCAGUUCCUCUGCAAAGCGUCCGGGCUGGAAUACUACCCCCCUUCUCAAUACCUGCUGCCAGUCCUGGAGCAAGAUGGAGCCGAGAACUCCCGGGACAGCCCCAGUGGGCCCACGGACAGGUUCUCUAGCGAGGAAAUAGACUGGCAGAAUAGGUUCUCAGACUAUGAGAAGAGGAAGGAACAAAAGAUGCUGGAGAAACUCGAGUUCGAACGGCGCCUGGAACUCGGGCAGCGAGAGCACGCCCAGCUCCUUCAGCAGAGCAACAGCCAGAAGGAUGAGAUCCUUCAGACGGUCAAGGAGGAGCAGUCCCGGCUGGAGCAGGGCCUGAGCGAGCGCCAGCGCUACCUGGACGCAGAGCGGCAGCGGCUGCAGGAGCAGCUGAAGCAGACAGAGCAGAACAUCUCCAACCGGAUCCAGAAGCUCCUGCAGGAGAAUCAGAGGCAAAAGAAAAGUUCUGAGAUUCUGAAGUCGCUGGAAAAUGAAAGGAAAUAUUCGAAGAACACUUUGAUAGUAUUGCCAGACUGCCUUCCAAGAACAUUUUACCAGUUUACACUCCUCUCAGCGGUAUAUGAAGUACCCACUUCUCCACCUUCACUGCCAUCACCAGUGGUUAUCGGUUUUUUUAAUCUCAGCCAACCCGAUAGAAUAAGAAUGGAACAGUUGAUGUCUAUAACCCAGGAGGAGACAGAGAACCUCCGGCGCCGUGAGAUUGCCUCGGCCAUGCAGCAGAUGCUGACCGAGAGCUGUAACAGCCGGCUCAUCCAGAUGGCCUACGAGUCUCAGAGGCAGAACCUGGUCCAGCAGGCCUGUUCCAGCAUGGCUGAAAUGGAUGAGCGGUUCCAGCAGAUCCUGUCCUGGCAACAGAUGGAUCAGAACAAAGCCAUUAGCCAGAUCCUGCAGGAGAGCGCCAUGCAGAAGGCGGCCUUCGAGGCUCUCCAGGUGAAGAAGGACCUGAUGCAUCGGCAGAUCCGGAAGCAGAUUAAGUUAAUAGAAACUGAGUUAUUGCAGCUGACACAGCUGGAGUUAAAGAGGAAAUCCCUGGACACAGAGGCACUACAGGAGAUGAUCUCGGAGCAGCGCUGGGUCCUGAGCUCCCUGCUCCAGCAGCUGCUCAAAGAGAAGACACAGCGAGAGGAGGAGCUCCGGGAGAUCCUGACGGAGUUAGAAGCCAAAAGAGAAACUAAGCAGGAGAAUUACUGGCUGAUUCAGUAUCAGCGGCUCUUGAACCAGAAACCCUUGUCCUUGAAGCUGCAGGAAGAAGGCCUGGAGCGCCAGCUGGUGGCCCUCCUGGUGGAGCUGUCGGCCGAGCACUACCUUCCCAUCUUCGCCCACCACCGCAUCUCACUGGACAUGCUGAGCCGGAUGGGCCCUGGGGACCUGGCCAAGGUGGGCGUCUCGGAAGCCGGCCUGCGGCACCAGAUCCUGCGCAGAGCCCAGGAGCUGCUGGACGCGACCAGGGCCCGGCCAGAGCUGCCGAAACCACCCCAGGGCGAGGUCCUCCCCACGGCCCCUGAGGAGCUUCCCGAGGCAGUAAGACCAUCGGCCCCCUGCGCGGAGCUGGAGGCCCAGACCUCAGAAUGUGUUGUGUGCCUGGAACGGGAGGCCCAGAUGAUCUUCCUCAACUGCGGCCACGUCUGCUGCUGCCAGCAGUGCUGCCAGCCCCUGCGCACUUGCCCGCUGUGCCGCCAGGACAUCACCCAGCGCCUCCGCAUCUACCACAGCCGCUGAGCGCCGGCCGCCGGCCCGGGCCUGACACCUCCAGCCCCACCUCUGCUACCUGCGGGCCCAGGGCUCCAGCUCCCGCUCUGUUCUCCAUGGACUAGUACGGGCCCCUCUGUCCUGGCCCAGGCGGAGACAGGAGUGUUCCUGACCAAGGACAGAGCCAGCGUGAAUACCGUGGAGGAGGGAGGACCCCUCGCCGCACGAGGACAGGGUCUGGGGGGUGGGGUACCAGCAUGCCUCCCUCUGAGCACAGGCCUGAGUGUCUCAGCUGCCUCUGGCAGUCACGCCCCCCCACCCAGGAGCCUCCUCAGGGGAGCCCGGGCAGUGCUGUCCCACUGGGCAGGGUGGUGGGGGUGCAGGAGGGCCCUGGCCGAGGGGAGAGGUGGGGAGGCCACCGUGUCCUCGGACUGACUGGCCAGAAUGUGUUCAGGGCGGGCCUGGGGCCACAGCGACGUCGGCCCCUCCUCGCCUCCCUCUGCUCUCCCCGCACGCUGGGCCCCUCCUCUCCCAGCUCUGCACCUCCUCACCCCACGCAGCUCCAGGGCAGGUACUGAGCUUUGCAGACCCAAAGCAGUAACGUCAAUAAACCCAUCUCCAGCCGCCUCCUCCAGAGUCAUCACUGGGUCCUGAUGGAGCCCGGGGAGGGGGAGGGGGUCGCAGCUGAGUCAGAAGGGAAGGGGGGAGGUGCGGUGUUCCCAAAGGUGAAGUUAUCCAAACCUCCCUUGUUGCAGGUGGAGAGACCAGGGCUCUAAGAGAAGGGCUCAGAAAGUCUGCGGAGCUCGUGGUGCCGUGUGGGCUGUGCUACGUGCUCUGUUAUCGUUACCCCAGACCAGGGGGCUGGAUGUCCCGGGCCCUGCGACAGGAACGUGGUGGCGCUGGCUCUGGAGCCUAGAAGCAUCUUGAGCCCUGAACCCGUGCAGCCACGCGGUUGUUCACCGCACAGUUGCAGGAGCCGUGCUCCUGGUACUCGCCGUAGAGCUGCGCCUCUGUCGUGCGCCUUCUGGCAGACAGUUCUGAGCCAGGGGCAGCUUUUUCUUUGGGCUACAGGCAGGCCUGCUCGGGGCACCUGGGCUCUGCCUCCAGCUAACUCUGACUCUGGCCAACCUUCCACAUCCUAGUUCCCCAUCUGGUCAGCAAGGGACACGAUGGAGCCCUGACGUAGGCCGGCGGCCACCAGGGAGCCCUGACUGCUCAUCGCAGGCACAGCGUAAAGAGCCGGCGGGAUGCAGGGGACAGGCCCUCACUCUCCCUGCCUUGUUGUGACAGUCCUGCGGGCUGAAACAGGACGGAUGAAAGGCCCAUGUGGUGUGAGUCCUGCUUUCCAGGUACCCGGGGGACCUCUGAUGGUUUCCCUCCCCACACACCCUGCUGGGCUCUGCUAAGCUAAGAGGGGAGACUGAGGCCUGAGGUGGGCAGGGCCACCUCGCAGAGCACAGUGUUUGGCGGGUCUCCUUGAACCCUCAAUAGGCCCCCCCUUUUAUAGACGAGGAGCCUGAGGUUGAGUUCAGUGCCUUGCCAAGGUCAACAGCAAGACUGCAGCUGAGCCCCUGCUUCCUCACCUCAGCCCUUAACAAGCCUUCAGCCACUGGCCACCGUCCCCCAAGGUGAUGGGGGCCCCAUAGCCUCAGCCCAGGUUCCCCGCCUUCCUGGACCUCAGUUUACACAUCGGUGAAAUGUGACAAUGGUGCCCGCCGCCUGGAGCUGCCGUGAGGCUCCUAGUCUUGCAAGUAACGUGCACGGCCCACAGUAAGUACUAGCUGUGUGAGCAGGAGUCUUACACACUGGCAUCACUGUUUGGAUCUAGUGUGAGCCUCGGGCCCACCCGCCAUGGGCACCCAGGGCCACGUGGCCAUAAAGUAGCUGCCCUCCUGCCCUCAGCAUUGCCCGAGACGGCCAGAGGUGCACCCUGCAUGGAUCUGGCUGAGGAAGCCGUCUGAGCUGCCAGCAGGCGGGUCACCUACCUGCUGUGUCCCUUCUCUCCAAGCCUCAGUUUUCUCCUCUGUAAAAUGGGAUAAUAGAACUCUGGCCAUGCACCUGUAAGCACUCGGGUCAAGCGGCCAUCCCAGAAAGUAGAGGUACACAGGUGCUCCUAGUCCGUCUCCAGCAAAGGUCUCACCCUGCUGGGACCACACAUGGGCCACUGGCUUUAAAUAAAGCAUUUAUUGAUUAGUAGAAGCUUAAACAGUUUGCAUAAUAUUUUCAAUACAAGAUUUGAGGAUGAUUUGGAAAACCACAAAAGAAGGCACCAAAGGAGAGCAUCUUCAGACGGAACGUGUUGGUAAAAGAGGUUAGUGAGGCGUUGAGUUUAGGGCUUGGGGGACUGGGGGGGGCGGGGGUCCCUGAGCACCAGCCAGUGCUUCACGUCCUGUGGGUCCCAGGGCCCGGUCCAGGAAGGAGAUGAGGGGAUGGAGGAGGCAGGGCUGGGAUGGCGUUGACGACCCUGAAGGACUCGGUUUCUGCCCUGCCCACCCUCCCCUCCCCUCCCCUCCA